UAGUUUCUUCAUACCUCACAACCUCUGAGGAUGCCUGCCAUAGAUGUGGGCGAAACGUCAGGAGAGAAUGCUUCUGGAACAUGGCCAGACAGGCCGGAAAACAUACAACCACCUUGAUUCUCGCUCUCUCAUCCCACCUCCUUUUCCCCUCAUCCCUCUCACUCCCUUUUUCACUUCAUCCCUCUCUGUCUUUCAUCCCUCCCUCGCUCUUUCUUUCACUCCCUCUUCCAGCCCUGUGUGGCCACGUGACGGGAAGUACCUGCUGCUCAGGGAAGCGCAUGCGCAGAGGGAAGCGCCGGCGCGUCGAUGAAAGGGCCCCGUGGGAAACAUCGCCUCCCCCGGAACUUCCGCGCCUCCUUGUUCCUCCUCCUCCUCCUCCUCUUUCCGGCAAGUCCCUCUUCCAACUCCAUUGAUUAUAUAUGGAGUGGACCAAGCUAAGAACAGGCGCAGGCAGCAGGGAGUGAGAGGGAUCUCUGCCUAAUACGAAGAGUCGUUAUCUGGGGGGAAAUGGGGCCUCUGCAGGAGUUCUAGCCCCGGCCUUUGUUUCCAGCUCAAACCAUUUCUUCAGCAUCCAUUUCUCACAGGGACAGAAGAGGAAAUGUGAUUGUUGGCUGAGCAUUUUUUGAGUAGAGCUGUUAAGGAAUUUCUUUCCCUUGAAAGAAGACGGAGGAAAAGCAGCUUGGAUACAGUUUGGUUCUUCAGCAAACAGUGGUUCCAACAUGGAGAGACCCAAGUCACCUGGACCUGAAGCAGGCUGGGCCACCGGGAGCAGUAGGGAAUUCUGGGAACCCGGAAACAGUGGGGAAUUCUUGGAAAGAACUACACAGAUGUUACUGAAUGCACACAUACAGCACCAGCGCUUCAGGCAGUCCUCCUACCGAGAGGGCGAGGGACCCAGAGAGGUUUGCAGCCGCCUCCACGAUCUCUGCCACCAGUGGCUGAAGCCAGAGCAACACACCAAGGCUGAGAUGCUGGACCUGGUGAUCCUGGAGCAGUUCCUGAGCAUCCUGCCCCCAGAGAUGGGGAGCUGGGUCCGAGAGUGUGGGGCAGAGACCUCUUCCCAGGCGGUGGCCCUGGCGGAAGGCUUCCUCCUGAGUCGGGCAGAGGACAAGAAGCGGGAAGAACAGGCCCAAAAUAAUUGUACCGAAGUCCAGUCUAAUGUCCCUGCAUCAGAAAAAUCUCAAUCAGACACCAUCCAGAGCUUCCAGCAUAAAGAGCAGAAGCAGGAAGAAGAUGGGGCUGCAACCUUGGAGGCUUUCCACAGCUUGCUCUCUCUCCCAGAGGCUGGAAUGAUGUUGUUGCCGAAUCCUCAGUCGUUUCUUCCCUUUUGUGAUGGAAUGGAACUGAAUCAGUGCCCAGUUGCCUUUGAGGAUGUGGCUGUCCAUUUCUCCCUGGAAGAGUGGGCUCUUCUGAAUCCUGAUCAGAAAGUCUUUCACAUGCAGAUCAUGGAGGAGAUUCAUGGGAUUGUGGACUUUCUUGCAGAUAACUGGAAGAAAAGCAGUGUCUAUACCAAAUGCAAGAAGCGUUUUGGGCAAAAUGGGGGCCUACUGACAUACCAGCAAGCCCACAGAGAGGAUGGAGGUUCUGCUAGAGAAAGGCCCUACAAAUGCAAUGUAGAUAAGAAAUGUUUCACUCAAAAUAUGGCACUUGUGCUUCACAAGACACUCUAUGCUGGGAAUAGCCAUCUUAAAUGGGAAGUAUCAGCAAAAUGUGUUGAUGAUUACAAACCGCCACAUCUGAGCCAAGAAGAAAUCUUUGAAAGAACUGAGUAUUUCAUGAGUCAGGAGUGUGGGGAACCUUUUAUCCAAAGUUCACAUUUGGUGAAACACGAGGAAUUUCACACAGGACAAGAACUGUACAGAUGCCAGGAGUGUGGGACAUGUUUUGCUCAGUAUACACACCUUAUAGAGCACUGGGGUUCCCACAAAGGAGAGAAUCCAUACAUAUUCCAGGAAUGUGGAAAAUAUUUCUCUGUAAGUUCAUCCCUUGUCAGCCACCAGAGACUCCACACCGGAGAGAAACCAUACCAAUGCCAGGAGUGUGGGAAAUGUUUUGCUUCCAGUUCAGGCUUGCUGAGACACAAAAGACUUCACACAGGAGAGAAGCCCUACCAAUGCCAAGAGUGUGGGAAAUGUUUUGCCCGCAGUUCUUAUUUGGUGAGCCACAAAAGACUUCACACAGAAGAGAAGCCCUACCAAUGCCAGGAGUGUGGAAAAUGUUUUGCUCGGAAUGCACACCUUAUAAGCCACUGGAGAUCCCACACUGGAGAGAAACCAUACCAAUGCCAAGAGUGUGAGAAAUGUUUUGCUUCCAGUUCAGACUUGGUGAAGCACAAAAGACUUCACACAGGGGAAAAGCCUUACCAAUGCCAGGAGUGUGGGAAAUGUUUUGCUCGUAAUACACGCUUGGUAAACCACAUUAGACUUCACACAGGAGAGAAGCCAUACCAAUGCCAGGAGUGUGGGAAAUGCUUUCCUUGCAGUUCAGACUUGGUGAGGCACAAAAAACUACACAGAGAAGAGAAGCCAUACCAAUGCCAGGAGUGUGGGAAAUGUUUUACUUUCAGUUCAGACUUGGUGAAGCACAAAAGACGUCACUCAGGAGAGAAGCCAUACCAGUGCCAGGAGUGUGGAAAAUGUUUUGCUUGCAAUUCAGAUUUGAUGAGCCACAAAAGACUGCAUACAGGAGAGAAGCCAUAUCAAUGCCAGGAGUGUGGGAAAUGUUUUUCUUACAGUUCACACUUGGUGAGCCACAAAAGACUUCAUACAGGAGAAAAACCAUACCAGUGCCAGGAAUGUGGGAAAUGUUUUGCUCGCAACUCACACUUGGUAAGCCACAAAAGACUUCACACAGGUGAGAAGCCAUACCAAUGCCAGGAGUGUGGGAAAUGUUUUGCUUACAGUUCAGCCUUGGUGAGGCACAAAACACUCCACACAGGAGAGAAGCCACACCAAUGCCAGGAGUGUGGGAAAUGUUUUGCUUGUAAUUCAUACUUGGUGAGGCACAAAAGACUCCACACAGGUGAGAAUUUAUACUAAUGCCAAAAGUGUGGGAAAUGUUUUGUUCAAGGUUCAUACUUUUUGAACCAUCAGAGACUACAUAUAGGAUAGAAAUCAUCCAAGGAGCUGGGACAAAAAUAAUAAUAUCAGUUGUAACAGGGAAAUUGCAACAUUUCCCGAUGAACACGUGUGAUUCUCUUGGCUUCAAGUAGCACUUGGCUUGACUUUGGACUGAUCUCUUAGAAAACUCUCUUCUUGGUUUCAAACUGUUGUUCAGUUUUGUUGUUGUUGCUUUGUUUAACUUGGGACUGUUAGGGAGAACUCUCUUGCUUCUCUAAACACCGGUAUCACCAUAACCCUGGACUGUGUUUUCCCUUGUCAGCUUUUGUGGGUAAACAUAUGGUUUCAAACAUUUUACAGAAUCCCCUUUCUUGUUAUUUCAAUCCCUAAGUUGAAGUCUUCUUUAGAGCAGCAGAAAGCAACCUCUCUGUGAAAAUCCUUCAGAGGGUUAAAUAUGAUUUUCAUGUCAGCUAUUUUGAAAAAAAAAACCAUAUUCAUUUCCUCUGGGCUUAGUUUCCAGCUCCUUUACCACCUUGGUUGCAGAUUUCCAGUUUGUAAAUGGUGUUUUUCAGCUGGGAUUCCAGAAUUGUUCACAGUGCUUCUGUUGAGGCCAAACCCAAGGAAAAGAUGCUUGCACUAUUAUUUCCCUUGAUGUACAAAUUUUUAUCUCUGGCUAGAAUUGAUUGACUGUUUCCCUGCUCCUGGUACACACACCUUUAAUCCACAUUAAAUUAAAAAUAACACGAGUCUUGUUGUUAUUUUAGAAUUAACAAUGUUAUAUAUCCUUGAUAUUGUUAUAGGCUUUGAGAAUUUGAACUUGUUUGCAAAAUUUAAGUCGCUGGCUCUUACAAAGUAUGGAAGUAAGUUUGUAGAGUAAAAAAACAACAGCGUCUGUAUAAUUAAUAGAAGCUCUCCAACCAGCCAUUUCUAAUUGCUUGAGAAAAUCUAAGUGAUUAUUUGGAUUUGCCUCUGAACAGACCAAGAGAUGCUGGUGAUAAUAUAGAAACACUGCACACAUGUAGGAAUUGAGCAAACUAUCUUGAAAACAUUUCAAUGAUUUUCUUAGCAGCAAGUUGUCAGGUGUACUAUUAUUGUUAGGUAUUUGGCAUGUGUGAUCGAUUAAAAAUGUUUCAAAAGUUAUUACUACACAGGAGAGUGCCAGCAUUUAAUUUCUAAAUUGUUUCUAAAGUGUCAUUAGGAACACUUUAGUUACUAUGACAAGAGUAAUGAAAUUUCAUUACUAUUUCGUUAAAGUAAUUGCACACCUGGUGGGACUUCUGGGCCUCCAUUCUCCCUCAUUUUUAGAGCUAUUGGGAUGAAACUUGCUACAAUGGUAGAACAUGUUUUACACUGUAACCCCCUUACACGCUAUUAGAGCUAUGCCCUUGAAUUUCUCUACAAUUACGUCCCCUGAGUUUUGGGUAAUUUUUACAUUUUAUCAAAAUAGAUAUUCAUUUUUAACUGCUA